AUCUGCCCAUGGAGUACAACCCCUCAGAUCAUCCCCGGGCCAGCACCAUCUUCCUCAGCAAGUCCCAGACUGACGUUCGAGAAAAACGGAAGAGCCUUUACAUCAACCAUUUCACACACAUUUCGGAGAACAAGCAUCAUCCUGGCCCGGUGAGACGGAAGUACAGCUCAUGUUCCACCAUCUUCCUUGAUGACAGCACUGUCAGUCAGCCCAACCUCAAAUACACCAUCAAAUGUGUCGCCCUCGCAAUAUACCACAUAAAGAACAGAGACGUCGACGGAAGAAUGUUGUUAGAUUUUGAUGAGAAACUGCACCCGCUCACGAAGUCGGAAAUUCCUCCCGAUUAUGACAAACACGUGAGACAGAAACAGAUCUACCGCUUUGUUAGGACGCUGUUCAGCGCCGCACAGCUCACUUCUGAGUGUGCCAUUGUCACGUUGGUGUACUUGGAGAGGCUCCUGACCUACGCUGAGAUCGACAUCUCCCCCGCCAACUGGAAGCGGAUCGUGCUGGGAGCCAUCCUCCUGGCGUCACAAGGUGUGGGACGACAGGCGGUCUGGAACGUCGACUACUGCCAGAUUCUCAAGGAUAUCACUGUGGAGGACAUGUGA